CACAGGACACUGUCAUUGGACUAAUUUACCAUCCUUAUUCAGCCAUUAUAGUUUCAACAGUAAACAAGUUUGUCUAAUUUCCGAAAGGAUGUGGUUGUAUUAUUUUCACAAUCAUGUCGCCAAAAGUAGUGCAGGGAAGUUUAGUUGGUCACCCGUCACCACGGAUACUCACAGGGAGGAGGACCUUAAUACACAUACCAGGCACAAAAUGAUGUUGUUACACUUUAACCAGCUGCAGAUUUUUGAGAACUAUAUACGAUCACUCUUAGAAUAACUUUUACAAAGACUACGGUAACAGAAAAUAUCGAAAGUGAAACUUUGUGAACUGCAUUGCUGGAUUAACUCACGCCCUCAGAUUCUGGGAAAUGAGAGGCGAUGAAGAAAGAUUAAUUGCUUCCGUAUAGUAACUAACUCGCAAUCUGUGAACGAGCUCAUGAAGGAAAUGUUUGUGGUAUGAAUGGUGGAUUUUCCGUCAGGUUUCUGUACGCGUUGCAGCCUCUCCCACAUCCGUGGUCGCCGGUCAUGAUGAUGGACAUCAAGCUGCUCGCCUGCCUCCUGUCUCAAGUCUCAUGGCUGGUGCCGUCUGAGCGUUCACAACAGCUAGCCAGCCGGGGAUAUCAAGCGAAUGGAGUAGACACCACCCUAGUACUUUUUCAGAUGUGGACAAUCCAGAAGCCGGGGCCCAAGCUAUGUACAUCAGGCUCACCUUGGAUUAUGUCACACUUGCAGUCGUUGUCUUUCUAGCGGCCAUUAUGGCACCAUCAUUGAUAUAUUACAUCAAAGGUAAGUUAUGUAUGUGCUAUUUUUUGUUUCGUUCGACACUGCGACUGUUUGUCCGUUUAUUUUUUUAUCCUCUUCUUUCUUUGUGUUUGUUGUGCCUGCAUGCUUACAAAGUCGGAUUCCAGUGCACUUGCUUCCAAACUAGUUGAGCCGUUCAUGAGCAGAGCAUCGGGACCAUCUGUUUAAACGAUCGCUCAUAAUGCCAUUAGCACCAGCAGCAUGUUGUUUCAGUUCUUCCGAUGAUAAACAGCUUCUCACAGAAGAUUGCGUUUUAUUAAAGCAGUUCCGUGACACACGAAAGAUGGACCUGAGGUAAACGAAGGUUUUAACACCUCAUUCAUUGCGACCAUAAGGUCACAGGAAUACCUUCAAAGGAUGCUAAAAGGCGAGAACAAGCAACCGGAAAUGAUUGCAAACCGAGAGUGAAAGUUAUCCACCAAGAUAUUCGCCACGAUUUUCAUCCUUCUGUCAUGAACCGAUUUACUACCAACAAAGGUGACGUUCAGUGUGCGUGUGUGUGCCUGUGUGUGUGUGUAGAAAUGCUUUCAUUGGGGGGAAAUAAACCAGAAAUCAUUCUCUCCCUUUGCUCCCUCCCCCAACCUAGCUCACUUUAAGAAGAAGAGAUACAAUUUACUGUCUGUAGCUCAUAUUAUGUUAUAUUUGUCAACAGAAAGUUGUCGGUUCGAGGCCCUUAAAGGUUUGUCAUUGGGAACCUGUUCAUCAGGGUAGGUAGGUACAAGGUAGCGGAAUAAGAGGGGUGAGCUCAGUUUAUUCAUAUCAUAUAGUUGACAUAGUGAGGGAUUUUAUAGUUCAAGGGACCACCUGGUGUCGACUUUUACCUACUCCCACUCACUAUGUUUCAGUUUUUCGCUUGCAACGUUGGCAACGAUUUUUGUCGGUUGGCGGCCUGUUACUGAGCCAGGCGCACAUUCACGAUCAGAUAAGACAUUUUGUGUGUCACCUUUCGAACACUAGUCUUGCGUUUUAAUUUCAGUCUUAUCUCAUUCAGAAGGCCGACCUCAGGAUAAGGACUCACAGUCACAUUAUGAUAAAAUACCGAGAGACGCAGAAUGAACCCCAGUAAAAAUGAACCCUCCGAACUGUGUUAAUUGUCAUUACGACUUAACCUUGUUAAAAAAAAAAAAUGAAAAAAAAAAAAAAAUCGUGUUCAAUUAAACCUCGAAGGAAGGAGGUCUAUGGACUAAAACAGAAAGAUGGCAAGAGGAGAUAAACUACUUCCCAAUUUGUCCUUUUCUCAGUCGAUUUUUCUCCUCUCUUUUUCUCUGUGCGCGUUCAUGAUAACGCGAUUUUCACGAAUCAGGAAAGGAAAAAUGAAAUAUGUAGACUACAAUGCUGCAGUAACAUCAACCAUAGAGAAGUAAAGAACAUUUUGAUGUCAGGGGGAUCAGUCUGUUAUCUACCUACCCUUAUCUCAAUAUACAAUUCAAUCUGUGUAACAUUAUUGCAUCUCUCGAAAAUCUUCCCGCCUUCCAUCCAAUGGAAGCACUUUGAAUAAAAGACACUGGCUCUGAAUUUUAAUAAUUUAAGUGAAUGCAGGGCAUCGAUUAUCUUCCUUCAGCUCGCCGAACUUUCUCGACUAAAAACGACGUGUCACAGGCGGGGAGUUGUCGAUUCCUUGCAGCUGGUCACCACUCCGGUCUUCUUGCUUCGAAUGAGGGUGGGCGAGUCUUUUCAGAUCCGUUGUUUGUCUGUACCCCAUGUUUUAUUUGUGCUUCAAUAGCGGAUGACGGUUGCGGAAGUUGGAUUGUGAUUCAUGAGAACUUAGAACAUCAACAACUUUGGGCUGUAGACAGAAACAGCUCUAUUAAUGAAGUAGUAAAAGCUGGAUUGUGUGUUGUAAGAAUAGUUCUAAGACAUUAACUCGUCAAAAAACUAAUCUAAUUAAUUAAUUUGAGAGUUUGUGUGUGUUUGUGAGCAAGCUUUUUUUUUUUUAAUACAAGAAAGAGCAUUUCCACGCCAGUUUUUGCCAUAGAAAAAAGAAAAAAGGUUUUAGCUGUUAGUGAGCAUGGAACAAACGAAAGAGUUCAUUAAACAUAGAUAACUUUGUGCUAAAUGCAAUUUGCCAUUGCAUGAGACAAGCACCUAUAUAUGUAGCUAUACAGACAAAUCUGUUAGUUGUCCACGACCGUAGCAGCUUAGAGCAGAGGUAGUAUAUCAAAAGAAGACUGCACAAUUAUUUCGAUGAAGCCGAUGCCCCUGUGUGAGGUCAGGGCGGCCAGCGACCCGCAAGCUGUUUUCGUGACGUGUAUAUUUUCAAGAAGUGUUGCAGUACACAAGUUGGUGUCAACACAAAAGUGAAAUAUUAAUCGCGAAUGCAGAUGUUUAGAAUACCGAUGGCAGUAGACUGCCAGUUUGUCUAAUAUUUAGACGGAUAGAACCAAAAGAACUGCAAAUCAGGACAGACUCAUAGCCAUAGAAUGGUUAAACCGUACAGUCUUCUAAUCGUGUGGUGGUGUUUUCUGCUGGACCCACCAGUCACAUCUACUGAGCAAGCCGACUACGCUGAGCUGUCUUCACCCCCUAUAGAGAUACAUGGACUCACUGGUUUGAAGGUUGAAUUUUCAUGCACAGAUCCAGACAAAGUUGUUGGUGUGACUCUUUCAGUUUCCACACCCCUCGACAAAGUCGGGGAGUACAGCAGACAUUUCUACUGUGCUUGGCGCUGUGGCAGCCAUCAGGAUGCCGGUCGACGGAUGCGGCGAAUAAGAUUGAAUCUUUCAGACGACAUAGGAUUUCGACCAUCUUUGUUCAAUCCAAACGCUACGGUAGUGGUAGCCGCAAAACUGUUCACGUGGAUCAUCGAUGAAGCAACAUGGUCCAAAGCAGACACGGAUGACAGGAGGGACAUUUACAAACGGGCUUUGACCAGGAAAGCCUACAUCGUGCGAAUCUCUGCUCCGUAUUCACGUCCACACAAGAGGUUUCCCAUGAGCUGUGUCCCGUGGUUCUGGCACCACGUCCAGAAAAAUUGGCACUUCACCGAUUUAAGGACAUGUCCAGUGGAACAACAGACUGUGUAUCUGCUGAGGUACCCAGCAGUGCUUAGCGGUCUUACCUACGGAAUUUCCAGGGACCUCAAGCCCUACUCAGACACCUUACUGGAAACAGAGCGUCGCAGAGCCUUUCUGUCGCCAAGUUUCUCUGUGGAACUAUGGGUCUACAUUAUUGACUACUGUCCUAAAGCGCACUUAAAUCAGGCACAGGCAUGUGCCAUCUUUGUCCACAUUACCUGGCUUGGAUAUCAUAUGACACCAGCCCUUCUGGUGGAUACAGAAGGCAAAAUGCAAGUGGAAGUACAAGGCCCAGAAAUUUACACUGCACAUAAGACAGCACAGAGUCUUCCCCGGAACCAGUGGGUUCGAAUACUAUUGACAUUGAAGCACAGAGAGUGGUCCCUUCAAUGGAGUUACGGUAAACAUCACAACCUGACAAAUUCUGCAUUCAUGACAUAUGAUCUUGACAUUGCUUAUGACGACACAGAUGGACAAUUCAUUCUAGGAGGUGUGGACCCUGCAUUGGGCAGUUUUCGUGGAUACUUGGGACAAGUUAAACUUUAUCGAGGACGUGCACUCACUUUAGAUGAGCUGUCUCUCCCUGAUCCUGACCACCCAAUGUUUCAGCUGCAACUGUCAGAGAAAGAGGCCAGCUGCCAGAGGUUUUUGUCAUGGAUGUCCAAUACAAUGUCAUACUAUGCACACAAAGCUGUGUUGCGAAAGCAAAAAUAUGUUUGUCCAUAUUCCUAUAAAUGGGUUGUGAUCGGCAAAGCCAGUGACGUACGAUUAACAUCAUGUCCUCAACGUAUGGAGCACACACAGUGGGAUCACCGGCAUGUAGCUAGACUAAUGCGCCCUCUUGCCAGACUUGAUCAACAGCUCACUGUUCAUGACAAAAUCCACUUUGCACAAGUCCUGAUGAAAGUUGUCACUGAUUCUGUUAAACUACGAGGGCUUGAGAAUAUGCACAAAAAUCUUCCUCUCCUGAACCAAGCCACAUGUUUGGGGAGCACUGAUGCAAUGUUUACACUUGCUGUAUUUCUGAACAAUGGCUUAGGUACUACAGUGCAAGAGACAGAGAGUACUGUAUUUCUCAUGCUGGGGACCCUGAACCAGCACAGAUUGUCUACCCUUGCCUUAGGGCAUCGCCACAUGAUGGGGAUCGAUGGUGUUCCCUAUGACUGCAGUGCAGCCUACAUGUACUAUAAGUUUGUUGGUGACACCACUCGAGAUGACAGAGAAACUCACAAAGAAGAGGAGGUUGCCACAGAAAUGGUGCGUCUAAUAGACGAGGUGGCAAUGGAGCAACAAACAGAUGAGAAUGGUGAUCUCUUCUUGUGGCUGAAACAUCAGGCACAGAAAGGAGUUCAGUCUGCACAGUUGCAAAUGGGCCAUCUGCUGUUCUGGGGAUCACAAGGUGUACGAAGAAACUUACAGGCAGCUCGAGAAAUGUUUCAGCAGGGUGCAGAACAAGGAGACCCAAACUCUAUCUACAAUCUAGGAUUAAUGGAGUUUCAUGGUAAAGCUGGCACCGAGAAAAAUGAAACAGCUGGCCAUGAAAAGAUUAAAACGGCUGCUGAGAAGGGUCUUCCUCAUGCUGUAGGUGCUCUUGGGUGGAUUGCCCUGGAGAAAGAAAGAAACUACUCUAAGGCAGCAGCCUAUUUUGAAGAGUCUUACAACACUGGCCAUAUGGAUGCUGGCUACUACCUUGGCCAUAUGUACCAAUAUGGCAUUUAUCCAAAUAAAUCGCAAGACUUAUGAUGCAGCUGUGAACUACUAUCUGUGGUCAGCACUUCGUGGACACCUAAAUGCUGCUCUGUUAUAUGCUCAUAUGAGGACAAGAGGGACACCAAACUUGCCAAGAAGCAUAGCUGAGGCAAGCGAGUA